UGGGGGGUGAGAACGACGGAUAGGGUGAAGAAGUUCGAAUGAAUGCACGAUAAACCCUACUGUUCGAACUCGAUCUUCGCUGUGCUCAUAUCGGAAUCGAAGGCAGUUGGUAAUGAUGCUAAAUGGAUGCAGCACGCCCAGCGCACAUAUUUUGACGAGUUCUAGGGCAUUCAACUCGCCGUCAUACAGAGUUUCUGCAAGGAGGAUUCACCAUUUUCCUGCCCGAAGGUCAUUCUCCAUCAUCGAGAAUUCUUGGGCACCAUCUCUACCACAUAAUGUGCUUCAUUCUUUGGUGCCAAGAGGACUGCCUCUAUCACAUCUCUCAGCCUCGUGCUCACCACUUCUGAAUGGAGAGCACGGCAGUCUCUCUCACACAUUACCUGUUUUACCCCCGCGAAGAAAAACCCUUUUGGCGCCACGAGCAUCAAAAGAUGUACCUUAUAGCUUCCGUUACCCAGCAAUGACCAAAAAACCAAAAUGGUGGUGGAGAACUCUAGCAUGCCUACCAUACCUUAUGCCUCUGCACGAGACUUGGAUGUACGCUGAAACCGCUUACCAUCUCCACCCGUUUCUAGAAGACUUUGAAUUCCUCACCUACCCGUUUCUGGGCGCCAUCGGGAGUUUACCAAGCUGGUUCCUAAUGGCUUACUUCUUUGUUGCUUAUCUUGGGAUCGUGAGACGAAAAGAGUGGCCCCACUUUUUCAGAUUCCAUGUAGUGAUGGGUAUGUUGCUGGAAAUUGCCCUUCAGGUCAUCGGAACAGUCAGCCGGUGGAUGCCUCUUGGCCUCUACUGGGGGAAGUUUGGGAUGCACUUUUGGACAGCUGUUGCAUUUGCUUAUCUGUUUACUGUCUUGGAAUGCAUAAGAUGUGCUCUUGCAGGCAUGUAUGCAGACAUCCCUUUUGUCUGUGAUGCUGCUUAUAUCCAGAUCCCUUACGACUAAGAUAGCCACGGAUCUCUUUAUGGUGUAAUGUCCUUGCUGUGUUUGGCAUGCUACAUUGAUGGAUCUGUACACUCUUUUAUCAGUUCAUUGGUUGUAUUGUUCUCCAUUCGGAUA